AUCUGUUUCACAUUUGGGGCUGUCUCCCCGCUUAUGUACGGACCCUGUCUUCUCCAGUGGAGAUGCGCGUGGAUUGCAUCCUUUACUUGCUGGAUUAACUUCACCAUUUACAUGAGAAGGAUUGAUGGGUUCGGUAUCUAUGUGAUCAUGUUCACUGCAGUGUUAGGAAGCGUCUUCAAGAUUCUGGUCCUUAUAUUCUUCUUCCUGUUCGCCUUCGGAUCAGCAUUUUACAUCGUCAUGGGAAAACUGGACAUCUGGGAGCAUAUGUACACCAAUAUAGUGACAGCUCUGGUAAUGACGAUCGGCGAAAUCGACUACUUUGAUCAGUUCGUGGACAUUGACCUCACUCCUUUUGUGUUGGAUGCUCACAUUCUCCUGAUGUUUUUUGUCAUCCUGAUGCCGAUCAUCAUGAUCAACUUAUUGAUUGGUGUGGCUAUUGGAGACAUUAGCAGCAUUCAGAAAAACUCGUACGUCACCAGAUUAAAGCUUCAGAUGUAUGUGAUCAAGGACAUGGAGAAUGCCUUCCCCAGGAUGAUCCAGAGGAAGCUCUACAUGGGCGGGUACACGGUAAAGCCGAAUGCAAAUGGAGGCUCGUACUGGGGAAAGAUAAAGGAAUACUUCGGGAGCCCCACAGCUAUCAAUUUCCUGCUUGAGGAGGAACCUAAAGAGGAAUUGGCUACACAGACAGACAUUCAUAAACUCAAAGCAAGACUGCAGCACAUACUCACCCUGAUGGACCAUCAGAGUGAACUAAUGCAAAAGAUGGCGCAGCACAUGCAGCUGGAGUCUAAACCCGUUCCCUUGGAUGCCCUGUCUCACAGCAGCGAAUUCUGAUGGCAUGAGCAGUAGCCUGUCCGACGGUUUAGAAAUGACCACAACUGGGAAGGGAGGACGCUGUGUUGGUGAUUUCAUAGCCCACUGAUAAUACGCUCUGGCCGCAGUGGACCGACCUUGGUCCGCCCCCUAACUCUUAUGGAACCGUUAGUUUUAAUGUAAUGAUUUUAACGAAAAUAAAUUGAAUAUAUGAUGCCGUUUAGGAUAUUUUACAUGUCAAAUGAUAGUCAUACCCUGUUCAACUAAUAGUGCGCGUGUAUCAGGGCAACACCGAUUUGUGGGCACAACAUACAGAUAUAU